AGCACGGCUAAAAAAGGUAGAACCGUGCCGUGGAAUAUCCGGGGCCUGCGCCGGUACAGCGACACUGAGCUAACAUUCUCGUCGUCAGUCUCGGCGCUGUCAUGCUGGCUGUUCAUUGAGGGGGGCUUUUGCUGGUUCCCCGGCCCCUUAUUUCCGUCCUCCCCAACCAUAUUCCCGUUUCUUAGUCGCGUUCGUUUUUGACCCUCUCUCUCCGGGCACCCUCUAUCCUCCACCUAGCUAUUAGUGUCGGUGGCAAGGCAGUUUCACACAAUCCAGUUGUUUUAGUCCGGUGUCAGGUCCAGUUUCUGAAUCGGCUCAUUCUCACAGCUGCUUCCGUGUACGCAACCACCCUUCAAACUACCUCCACCACAAACAUGCAGGUUGCCAUGGAUAUCACCACCAAGUAUUGCCAUAAGGAGAUGGAGAGCUAUGGGCAGUGUGUGGCCGCUCACCCGUCAACAUGGCAACAGCACUGUCAAGACCUAAAGAUGAAGGUGGCACAGUGUACCUCUUCACACCCUGUGAUCCAGAAGAUCCGGACAGACUGUUCAAAAGAGUUCACAGAGUUUGAACGCUGCUUACUAGAGAACCAGAACUCACCUACCUCUUGUUCAGCACACGUGGCACGCUUCCUCGGCUGUGCCGAGACAGUGGACCUUGCCGGAGUGGACUGGUACUCCUUGGCCUUAAGAGAGUGCUUUACAUCAGUGUCUUUCAUAUUCGGUCUUCAAGUACCCCCAAAGCAGUGAACCCGGUUCCUCAGCCCUCUUAGGACCCAGCAGUGACCAUCAUCCAUCCCUCUCAGAGAAGAUAUCUCCUUCCUGCAAUACUAACGCCGGACUGCUCUAUCAAUCAUGGAUAAAUCACUGCCCAAGUCAUAUUGAUAACAUAACAUCCUGACUUUGUACAUUAAUAAAGUGGACUCUUGUCCAUGGCUACUUUAGGAUUUGUCAAGAGAACUCGGAAUGUUAGACAUUUACAAGUUACUGGGACUGAUUUCUGCCUGAGACCGUUAAGAUUCAAGACAGGUUAUUUCUUGAAGUUAUUUAAUAACUAUUCGAUGCUACAGCUCUCUGACAAUGGGAUUCAGAGGUGUCCUCUUUUCUAUAUGUGAAAAUAUUCACUGUGCAGCAGGUUGUGUGUAAUACAUAUUUAUAACACUGUAGUAACCUCGGAUAGCAGCAUAAAUGGUUCUCUUUUCCUCUACAAUUUAUAUUGAUAAUGAAUGUGUGUAAAGGAGUUAGCUUUGCAACCUCACAUCUGUGCACAACUGCGUGUUAUCCAAUUAUCCCUGGUUUGUGGUGUAGUGGUCUCUUGUAAAUGUUAUUUUGGGGGAAGUUUAUCAUUAAACUCCUAUAUUUCAGUCCUAUUACUCAUCCAGUUUGGAUACAUACUCUGAUGUUAUGGUGCCCCUUUCUCGCUCCCACGCUCAUUUUCUUCAGGUUGGAAUAAGUCAUGGUAGAAUAUUCAACCGUGGAAUGUAUGAUAUCUCUCCCACACAUCUCUCCUUGGCUACUCACUUGUUGAGGGAAAGGAGGGAGCACAGGAAGGAGGGGAAGGUGGCUGGAAAGUUUGAAUUUGAAGGAGCUAAGGAAAGGUGGAUGAAACAAGAGGCUUUCCACUGGCCGGAGGGAACAGAGACCAGGAAAAUGGAGAAGGUGGAGGCUGUGGAGUUAUAAUCUGUUUGACCAUAGAGAGACAGACGAGGGGGAGGAUGUUGAGUUAUGUGCCCUUUGACUACUAACCGGAACAGGCCACCUUUUCUGCUUCAAUUAUUAAAGGCUGAGGUAGACGCAA